AUGGGCCACUCCCUGGACAAAAUGGAGGGCCCCCAGUACCUGGACGUGGACGGCGUGUUGGUUCCGCGCUCCUUCUCGCGCGACAACGUGCUGUACGCGACGCGCAUGCGGCCCGAUAAUGGCGACGUGGUGAUAGCGGGCUACCCCAACAGCGGCACCAAGACCGUGGCCAUCGUGUUGCACCUGCUCACGCACGGGGCUCGACAAGCACAGGGCGCGGCGGUGGGGAUGGGACUCGCCCCGCAGCCACCCGCAAACAUGGCUGCCUCUAUGGCAGCCACGACGGCGGCCCGCCUCGUUGUUAACACGUCUCUCAUCGAGUGGAAGGGCAAGGAGGUCGAGUCGAUGAAGCUGCCGAGACUGCUGUGCACGCACCUGCCCUACGCCAAGCUCAACAUCAAUCCGCAAGCCAAGUACAUCUACAUGCUGCGCAACCCGAAAGACUGCUGCGCGUGCGCCUUCGACGACGCGGUGACGUUCCCGCAGGACUACGACUUCGGCGAAGGGCGCUUCAACGACUUCCUCGAGCUGUUCCUGCGGGGCUCCGUGCACGGAAACGACUACUUCCGGCACGUGUUCUCGUGGUGGGCGCACCGUCACGAGCCGCACGUGAUGUUCGUCGUCCUCGAGGAUCUGCGCAUGGAGUCUCGCGCCCACGUCGAGCGCGUGCUCAACUUCGUCGGCUGGCGCGACGCCAUCGAUAACAGCCGCAACGUGGCGCUCAUGCAGGAGGUGCUCGAGCACAUCGCCAAUGGACCCGAGCACACCCGCAUCAUGGAGGUCAGAAUGGCAUCGGAUCCCGUGCCGUCUUCCGCUUCACCCGACCGGGCGUUGGCACACGUGACGACAGCUGGCUACUGGAAGAACUACUUCACGUCCGGCCAGUCCAAGCGCAUGGACCUUGUCUUCCAGGAGCGAACCAAGGGCACUGACAUUGCUCGUCUGUGGAGCGAAUACAACGUUUUUCCCAUUUAG